AUUUCCUUUUCAUUGUCACUACCAUAUUCAUUAAUACAUAUGUGCACACACACACACACACACACACACUGUCAGUGUGUCAGCUUCUUUAAGAUUACAUCAGACACAGUGGCAGUCUUACCUGAACAUAACGGAACCUUAACGACAGAGUUCAUUCUGGCGGAUAUUUAGUUCCAGAUCAAACCUGGAAUGGAAGCAUGGAAUGGACACUCAGACACAGCCAGACGAGACCGUUGGAAACUACGGAGGCCCACUCCAAAAGUUGUGGGCCGCCCGUCAUUUGCCGAUGUGGCAGCAGCUCAGAUAGGAGCCAGACAUGGCACGGUGCUCUUUGAGGCCCGAGGGCGGUGCUGGGGGAGCAGCAGGCCCUGUCCUGAGAGCAACAGGGGCGGCGCGAGCUACCAACAGAAACAUCGUGUGCUAGAAACCCAAAGUGCCACCAACACCACCACCGCCACCAACACCACUACCAUCACCACCACCACCACCAACAACAACAACAUUGACACCACUAUCAUCAUUACUAAUUGCAAUAAUAAUAAUAAUAAUAAUAAUAAUAAUAGUAAUAUUAAUGGUAGUUGCAUUGAUAAGAAAGCAAGGUUGCACACCCGGAUGCAAGAACGCAGUAGUGGUGCAUCAAGGGGAGCAGCAGAAGCAUGGAAGAAACUUUUAAAAACAGAUAAUAAUAAUAAUAAUAUAGACCCUUUUCCUAAUCAUGAUAACAUGUGCAAACUGAGGGAGAAGCUUGUGAACGGGUACAGGGCCAAAUUACCUGAGGAUAAGUCAAUGUGCAUUCCCCACACAACUAGACUGUGGAUGGAAGCCGUGAAACCGAGGACGUCUCGACGGAGGAAGGUCUGUUUGACACAAGCAUCCCUAUUGUCCGUUUCCUGUUUUCUGAAGCUUCACCAAGCGGUCAGUUCCGGUUCACAGUUCAUGGGGGCAAGGGAUAUGUCACGUGCUGAUUCUCAGAAGACUAGGCCUUUCCUGUUCUUGAAUCAGGCCCCGAAGAAGGGCUCGAAAUCAAGCAGGGCUAACCCGUGGGAUAGAAGCUUGGUGUCAAAACUCGCCAAAGCAAAGGGGAAAGUUGGUGCUGGUGCUGGUGCCGGUGAACGGGUUGGUGCUGAGAAAGAGCUUAACAAGGAGUCUGGUAAAGAGAAGGAAGUGUCAGUGCCAAAAAAGAACCAAAGGCCCCGAAAUUCCUUGUUAUGGUGGUUCAAAGUAAUCAAAGCCGUAUGCCGACUGGCCCUGGACAUGAAGAUUCUGGCCAUGUCCAGAACUGACCAUGAAGCUGCGUCAGAAGCCUACUACCAAUAUGUCGUGGGGCCAAACACCGAUGUCACUUUGUUCUUUGACAAGCGGCUCUUCUCAAGGAAACGUGGUUCCCAGGUCCCUUUGUGGGCCCAAGCCAUCACUGUGAAAAAGCCUCAGGCCCGCACCGAUAAAGAGUUAGACAGCCUUGAUGGACUGAUGAUGACUGUACGGUCGUACAGGGAGAAGUUCCAGUGUACCAUGAGGAAAAGUGUAUGCCAAGUAUUCCGAUACACAAAUUGCGAGCGAGGCCGCAUCGUCCUUCGGCAGAACCAUCGAGGUGUUGGCUUCUACCUCGUCUACUCCGGUUCCUUGUAUGUCCAGAAGGAAUUGGAAGAGAAAACCGGCCACAAACACUUGGAAAACAUCAUACGCAGUGGACAACAUUUUGGGGAAGUAGCUCUCUUGGGGGAUGGUCUUCGGACAGCCACUGUCAUUUGUCGGGAACCAUCUGAACUGUUUUACAUCGAGAAAGAUGACUUCGCUGCUAUCUGUCCGCAGUUAUUCGACGACGAACUUGCACAGAAGAUCAAGUUUGCUCAAAGGUUCGAAUUAUUCAAGGACUGGCGAGAUUUGAACCUGUACAAGCUGUGCCUUCAGUCCCAGGUGCUGUAUAUAUCACAUGGUCAAAUCAUUGAAGCUGAUUGGCUCCAGACACGAUACCUCUACUUCGUUAUGCAGGGCUGCAUAUCUUUGCUGAAAAAGUUCCAAGUGCAGCAGAACGUGAAGCGACGACACAGUCCAGUGCACAGUGCCAAACAGGAAAAGGGUCGACAAGAAGAAGAAGAACAACAACAAGAACAGGAGAAAGCACAGUGGCGCACAUGUGUGGCUGUUGUUGGUCACCUGCACUCUGGUGACCACAGCGAACUGUCGGUGCUAGAAGAAGAAGACCGAGUCUCCGGAGUCUCCAUGAAGAGCGACGGAGUCCGUGUCCUCCGUUUUUCCACAAGGAACACCUUCACCUUCAGCGAGGGAGACUGCAUCCAGAAGUUUCUACAGAAAUACAAGAAGCCAAAGUAA